AGUAAUUCGUAACUCCACUAGCGCCAUCUAUACUGUUCGUCUAUUUUCACUUUCGCGUUUUGUUUCUGUGAUUAGCGCUAAUAAAAACAAAAAUCGGUAUAUUAAUUUCGAAUGUGCACUGUGAAUUAAUUUGUGUGAUUACUACUGGUACGAGACUCUAAAGUGCGGAAAACAACGGCGGUGCAGGGACACCUGCUUACGAUCACCCGAGCCGCUUCGAAGAAUUUCUACAUUGUAUGGAUGUAUGACGUGGACGAAAUGUUGAAAAAAGGCGGUGGCGGCGUGAGGGCGCGGCGCGCGGCGACAUGAGCGCGGCCGCGCUGCGGGCGGACGGCGCUGCCGCCGCUGGUGACUCCACGCCCGGCUCGGACGGCGGCGAGCGCAUCACGAGACUCUUCCCCAAGUGCCGCCCCAAGAACAUGCAGCAUCAACACGACAGAUUAACGUCAGCCCUGGAGGGCCGCGACGUGAACAACAUCAACAAUGGCUCGUCAGACGACGAGCGCGGGACAGAGGGACAGCUCGUCAUCCUCAACUCCAAGGGGGGCACGUACAAGCUCAGAGACUCCAGGAUAAUAGAGAUAGCUGGAGGUCGCGAGCUGUACUCGCAGAGUCGGACGAAGGCGGUCCGCAAACUGCGCCACAACAAUACGCACAAGCACAACCUGAGGAACAAGGUCCGAUCGCUGUCCAAGGACACAGUCGACCACGCUGUCGACAACAUGGCGAAUGAGAUAUCACUACACAGAAUACCGAACGAGCCCAAAAAGAUGAUAUCGCGGCACACGUCGCCGACGUACACGAACGGCGACCGGGACCCCAUCAUCGAACCGAACCCCAUGGGAAUCCCCAAGAACAGCUCCCCAAUCCUGGACCCCCACAAGACCACUGACGUCAGCACCAAGAGCAGCCCCAUAGCGGUGGUCGCUGACGGAGAAGUCGUUGUCUUUGAUGACAACGACGACUGGAAAGUGAUAUUGAAUUCUGUGUCCAUAGGUUCGAGGACGGAACCGGACGCUAGUGACGAUGAGCUCGAUGCGAGUGUUAAGAGAACUUUAGACAAUAUAAAAAACUGUGAUAGUGAGUUGUUGAAUGCUAAAAGUGUGGUGAGUUGCGACGGCGGGAGUGAGUCCACGGCUGAGGACGUGAGACUGAGCGACGCGAGUCCGUCGGCCGUGUGGCUGUCGGGGGACGAGGACAAGGGCCGCGUCACCAGGGUCAUCGGCGAGCUGCCCAUCGCGGAGUACGAGGGCUCGCCGCGGAGGUACGGCGUGGGGACGCAGAAGACCGCCAGGUCGCCUAGGCCUGGCUUUCCACAGAGAGUAGUGACGGAGAGCAGAGACGUCUCUCCGCCGGCGAGUUCCGCCGCGUUCGACUACCUGUACGAGUUCUCGGAGACCAGGAAGGUGCUGGAGGAGUUCUUCAGAUGUCCCACGGUGCCCACGCAGACGCAGUUGAAUACGAACGACGAGAUCGUUAACUUUCAGGAGCUGGACUACGAGCUGCGGCGGCAGACGCAGGAGUGUCCGUCGGAGAACGGGCUGGAGGGCGGCAGCGACGCGGAGUGGCCGCGCGCCGCCGAGCCGCUGCACUCGCCGCACGCCGCGCACAACCACACCAACUUCUUAGGGCUGCAGGUAUUGCCGAUGCUGCAUGCUGAUGCCAGUGUCCACUCGCUGUCGGCGGGCGCGUGGAGCGGCGACGCGUCCCCGCGCUCGGCGCGCCUGCCCUUCGCGCUCUCCACCGACACCAGCGACACCGCCAGCGACCUCUCGCUCGUGCUCAUGGACAACGACAUCGUCGAUCCCAAAGUUGUUUCAGUACAAAUAGACACGAGCCGCGGCGUAACGCACUACCCCAUUGUAGAGGACGGCUUGUCCUCGGGCCACGCUUCCGACAACGACAACAACAACCAACUGCAUACGAUACAGAAUCACUCGUCGAUUAUAAUAAAAGAGAUAGUGGAGAACGGCACCAGCACGGAGGGGCACAUGCUGUCCGAUGCCGACCUGCACUCGCUGGACCCAUUAGUGUGUGUGUUGUCAGCGUGCGAGUCCGCGCCGCCGCCGCCCGCGCCCGCGCCGCACCGCCCCGCCGACGCGCCGCACGCGCCGCACGCCACGCACGCACCGCACGCGCCGCACGCGCCGCACGCGCAGCACACGCCGCAUCACCACCACGCGCCGCAUCACGACGACGUCUACCCGCCCAGGAAAAGGCCGUCGUCGGCGCAAAGCAAUGAAUCCGUUGAAAUCAAGCCGACCAGCGGUGAUGAAGACGAAGCGGACACGGACCUCGAGACAGACAGACUGCUUGGUCAGCAGCGGACUGACGAUCAAGGCUUCUUCGACGAUAAGGGUUGGCGCAAGCCGAAGUCGCGCACGGUGAUGCCCGCCACGGGCGGCCCCGCCGCGCCCGCGGGGGCCGGGGCCGGGGGCGCGGGGGGCGCGGCCGCGCCGCCGCGGGAGCCGCGCGCACACGACGACGCGCGCGACGAACACGCGCUGCACAACGGAAAGGAUAAAGAUGGAAAAAAGAAAAGUAAAAAUAAAGAAGAAUCGAUACGUUCAGUGUUGAUCGAGGGAGUGUUGUUCCGCGCGCGGUACCUCGGCUCCACGCAGCUCGCGUGUGAGGGACAGCCGACCAAAGCCACGAGAAUGCUGCAGGCAGAAGAAGCCGUGUCCAGGAUUAAGGCAUUGGCGCCUGAAGGUGAAAAUCAACCAAGCACAGAAGUGGAUCUGUUCAUCUCAACGGAGAAGAUCAUGGUACUCAACACCGAACUGAAGGAGAUCAUGAUGGAUCACGCGCUGAGAACAAUCUCGUACAUAGCCGACAUAGGGGACCUCGUGGUGCUGAUGGCGAGGCGGCGGUUCGUGCCGCACGAGAACGACUCCGACCAACCGAAACUGAACCGCACGCCCAAGAUGAUAUGUCACGUUUUCGAAAGUGAAGAGGCACAAUUCAUUGCGCAGUCGAUCGGUCAGGCGUUCCAAGUGGCUUACAUGGAGUUCCUCAAGGCGAAUGGUAUUGAAGACCACAGCUUCGUAAAGGAGAUGGACUAUCAGGAAGUCCUCAACAGCCAAGAGAUAUUCGGAGAUGAGCUACAAAUGUUUGCGAAGAAAGAGUUACAGAAAGAGGUGGUGGUGCCGAAGACGAAGGGCGAGAUCCUGGGCGUGGUGGUGGUGGAGUCCGGCUGGGGCUCGAUGCUGCCCACCGUCGUCAUCGCCAACCUCGCGCCCGCCGGCGCCGCCGCCCGCUGUGGACAACUCAACAUAGGAGAUCAAAUAAUAGCAAUAAACGGCGUGAGCCUGGUCGGGCUGCCGCUGUCGACGUGCCAGACCUACAUAAAGAACUCGAAGAGCCAGACGGUGGUGAAGCUCACCGUGGUGCCGUGCGCCCCUGUCGUAGAGGUCAAGAUCAAGAGGCCCGACACCAAGUACCAGCUCGGGUUCAGCGUGCAGAAUGGGGUGAUCUGCAGCCUGCUGCGCGGCGGCAUCGCGGAGCGCGGCGGCGUGCGCGUCGGACACCGCAUCAUCGAGAUCAACGCGCAGAGCGUCGUCGCCGUGCCGCACGAGCGCAUCGUCAACCUGCUCGCCACCUCCGUCGGCGAGAUUCUGAUGAAAACGAUGCCCACAUCCAUGUUCCGGCUGCUGACGGGGCAAGAGAACCCGGUGUUCAUAUAGACGCGCGCCGCCGCCCCCGCCGCCGCGACACAAGUGCCUGCUUGCCCACGACUCGCCCACCACUCGCCGAUCACUCGCCACACCACUCACCCCGUCACUCGCCCGCGACCGGUCACUGCCAUUGGUGUAACGUGGCACGAAUUAAUUUGUAAACAACUAUUUCAAAUAGUCUUUCAUCACCUACGUAAGACAUUAGUAAAAUCAUUCCGAUAUUAGAAAAACGACUGGCUGAUAUGUUAUCGGUUGUCAUUGUAUCCGAGCCAAAAGAAAAAUAGAUAAGUCUAUCAAAAGAUAAGAUGAAUAAGUACAGGGCGUCUAUUUCGAUAUAUUAGUCGACAAAUCAAAUUAUCAGAUUCGGCACAAUCCUAGGUAAACGCAUCUUUCGAUUUUUAACUUUAUUGUUAUUGCAAUUUUAAAUUUUAAUAUAAUGAUCGAUUUUCCUGCGGCUAAUAUUAGUAACAAUCGAUUAUUUAUUUAUUCGUUUUUAUUCACACGCCUUCUCUAUUCUCCUACAAAUAUCAGUACAAGGCGGUAAAAGUCGAUUUGCUGUAAUUUUUUCAGCCGACUUUAAGUUCUUCAUCGUAGAUAAUUUGGGUGGAUCCUUAGGACAUCCUAAAGUUCCACCCAAACUAUUAUUUUAUUCUAACUCACUCACGUGAGCCCUUCCAUCAGAUAACAAGUUACACUAAUGCAGUAAAGUGUGGACUGUCGCCGGACCGCGCGCCGCCAUUCGCUCAAAUACCUCCGCGGCGGUCCCGCACUCGCUUCCAAAAAUUGGACAGCUAACUCGCAGUGCGACUAAAAAUCGUAGGGAUUUAAAAAUUUCAUUUGUUUUUAUUUAGUUAAUGAAUUUUAAUAUUUUAUACUUUUUUAAUCAAAUAUUUCUUUAUAGGAAAUUACAUUUUUAAAACACAUGAUCAUAGUUUUUGCGUUGACUUUUUCAGCAUCAAAAUUUUAAACGCUUGAUUAAUAUUGAUUUGUUGGAACUGUGUCUAUAUAUUCGUUUUUGUAGGAUCGUGUCGACUUAAUGUUUAGACAUACAGAAUAUACGAGUAAAUUAAUAACUUAUGCCAAGGUUAAAUAAAACGCGAGUGAUGUUAAUAUGUGAUGCAAUACCGUAAUUAAUGUAAUCAUGUAUAAGUGGCAAAUAAUUUAUGGGAAACACAAAUAUUGUUGCUUUGAAAACACGAUUUUCUAAAACGUAUGGCCUAACUCAAUUUUAUCCAUAUGUUUUCCAAAUUACACAAGCGAGGACGGGACCCACGCUUAGCUGUCAAAUAAUACUCAACAAAAAAAAAUGUGAUGUGAAAAUUAUCAAAAUGCUUACAUUGCUUAAGUGGCUAAAUAAGAUAAUUAGUUUGUAAGUCGUAUCUCUCUAUAAUUGUAAUAUUUGUUUUCGACUACGCAAAUUGUGAAAGAUAAUAUACACAAAAAUACAGCAUAUUUUUCUCCUCUCAACACAAGAGCGUAGUCGGAAAUAUAAGGAAUAAGUCUCGAUAUCGCUAUCGAUAUGUCUGUCCCUUUCUCUCAUAAUACAUUUGUAACAGGAGUGAGCGAGACAGAACAUCGAUAAGCGCGCGAGUUGUUCCGAUACAUCGGUGAUAAAGUUUUUGUCAUGACAAUGUGUAUACAUACUCCACUUAUAAAUGUAUCUAUUGAAAUAUCAAAAACCCACUCAUAUCUGCUUAGAUAUUAUAAUAAACGCUAACAUCUUAAGGGAGUGAUGCGAAGGCGCCGGACUCCAGAGCCUACAUUAUUUAGAGUUGUAAUCUCAUGUUUUAAUGAUUUUAUCGAAUCGUUUUCCUUAUCUCAGGUUUUAGAGUGAAAUGAAAUAACUAAGUUUAAAUUACUUUUGCCAUAUUUAGUGCGUUACGCAUUACACUUUUAUUUAGUUUCUUUUUACUUAGUACUAGUUUUUGUUCGCUUUUGUCUCUAUUUUGUAGUCGGCAAAUGUAUGCAGAUGCAUUCCAUUAUUAUAAAAUAAUUUAUUAAGAACUUUUAUAAUUUGUUAAAAUUUGUUUUGAUUUCUUUUUAGAUAUUAAGCACCAGUUGAUCAUGUUUUUACGGACCGUAUAUAAAAUUUAUUGCGCACCAUCCAUAGUUCAAAUUACAUCGUUCAUCUCAAUAUUGUGUAUAGUUAAGAUGGAUCCCGUAGGUUUUGGAACUCCUGCUGUUAAGCCGCCAUCUUUGCUUCUCAUACACGAUGCCUGCCUCUUGAAAAUACACGCUGUCCUUUACUCCAAUAAGCCCUAUUCAAGAAGAGUGAAAAGGACAAACAGUGUCUGACAGCACCGGUAUAAAUGUCGAUAGAUUGAGGCGGCCGCAGCGUCGAUCUAGGCCUACGGAUCCGCAGUGAUCAAAUUGAAUGAAAAAACAUGAAUUGAUUAGUCGAUAUAGUAAUAAAGAAGCAUUAUUUCGUGUAGCAUCUCAAAAGAUAUAUCAUAUUUUGUAAAUUUUAUAGUGUCGCUAUAGCAUUACUAUGUAACCUACAAUAUUAUAUGUAUGUCCUGUGUUCUUAGCUAAGCUUAGCGCUCUGAGGACGAGUAAACUAUAUUUAUGUAUAAAAAAUUAAAUAUUAACAGGUAUCUAAGGAUGUCGCACACUGUCGUCUUUUUGUCGAAUCGAUAGACCAUCUGAGUUGUUCGCGUGUAGUCGACAGUGUGCGUCCUCGAUAAUUGUAAACCACGAUAGAUAUUACCCAUUUGAAUAACGGCUUCUAACUUUAUUAUCCCGAAUAUUAAGCUUUGGAUUGUAUAUCUCUUUUCUUAUUUACUUUGCGAUAAAGACCAGUGGCCGAGUCCUUUCAAAAUCCUUUUAUGAGACGCGAAUAAGGAAAGUGUAUAGAAAAUAUUGAAGUAAUGUUAUUUAUCGAAUAUUGUCACAAGAACCCAAGCCACUGGUUGCGCUCCUUCCCCAUCACAAUCAUAGAUAUUACAGUCUGAUGUGUAAUUUUAUAUUGCUAGCUACUGUGAAUAAGAUUUAUUUACAUUAUAAAAACACUGAUAAUAAAUAGCCUUUUAUUGUGAAAGCUGGUAUAUGGUAGGUACACUGUAAUAUGUCAAAAAAUUAUUGUUGUUCUCAUUUCUAAGAGUAUUAUUCUAGUCCGCAUUAAAGUUAAGAAUAAAGUGAACAAACUGAUGUGCGUCGUUUU